GUGAAACUGCUCACAGAGAGAGACACAUUUCACAUGGAUACCAACACCAACGUUACAUGAAAUCCCGAAACUGUAGGACUAUAAAAUACUGGUAAGUAACAACAUUGACAGGUACACUUUGUUUCUUAUUUGGCAACACGUAGGCUGAUUACGGUGUCAACAGUUCAGGAAGUCAGACUAUAUGUUUAGGUUUUCCGAAACGGACUAACUUGCGGAACAAAUCAAAAAGGAUAACUCGGGUUGAUACUCAUAGGCUACAUUUAACAUCUCGUCGACAAAUGUCUGGGAAUGAACACCGGCAAUUUAUUUAAUUUCCUUUAAAUUCUCGAGUGGUGGACAAUAUACAUUUAGGCUAUUGAUACAGUAAACCAACGGGCCAUUCCUAUCCGUUGCCUUUUGGACCUCAACUUUAGGUGGGGAAAAAUGACGUUUCACUUUCAGAAAAACAUACUGGUCAAGCUCAGGCAUUCUAAUAAUUAUAGGUGGAUUUUUCACACAUGGACCAUGAGUUAUUUCCACCUCUGUUAGGGAAACGCAUGACUACACAAUAAAUUAUGUUAUCCAUUGAACAGGAGUGUAGCCUAUUGGUAGCUUAAGUACAAGAUAGUACAGUAGAACUAGACGAACAACAGUACUUGUAUUUUCUGCCCGAAGUUAGGCUACUGUAGGUCAGCUGUAAAUUCACAGUAGAGGAACUUGAGUAAAGGAAUAUAAUAGAUAAUUUACACAAUAUACACGUUUUCUUUAAGUCCAACCUGGUCGCAGAGCAUUUCGUAUGAUUCUGUAUGUAAAUCCGAGACACUCUAUUAAGUAUGAUACGUUACGUUUUGUAUGUUACUGUAUGUAUUAACUUGUGGAUGUCCAUCACCCAUUUCGUAUGGUUUGUUAUGAAUUACAAUUCUUAUUAUAUGUUCGAAUUUGCAAAAAACGUACAAUAUGUUACGAAUUUUCUAAAAGUACAAUAUGUUACGAUGUUGAAAAACGUAUGUUAUGUUACGAAUUCUAGAUAGCUGGCUAACGUUAGCUAGGCUAGGGGUUAGGGUUAAGGUUAGGGUUAAGUUUAGGAGUUAGGCUAAAGGUUUAAGGUUAGGGUUAGGGGAAGGGUUAGCUAACAUGCUAGGUAGUUGAAAAGUUGCUAAAACGCCAAAGUUGUCCUUGAUGAGAUUCAAACUCGCAACCUUUGGGUUGCUAGACGUUUGCAUUAUACACCCACCCCAACCUUUUUACCUUAAGUAGCCAUCUGUCUUAAUUAACCAUACCAAACGUAACAUAUCAUAUUAAUUUGAGUGUCCCUGAUUUACAUUUGCUAUGUUACGUCUAGUCUAUGAGACCAGGCUGUUAGGUCCCAUUCAAGGAUACUGACAUUUACAUUUUAGUCAUUUAGCAGACGCUCUUAUCCAGAGCGACUUACAGUUAGUGAGUGCAUACAUUAUUUUUUUAUUUAUCAUACUGGCCCCCCGUGGGAAUCGAACCCACAACCCUGGCGUUGCAAACACCAUGCUCUACCAACUGAGCUACAUCCCUGCCGGCCAUUCCCUCCCCUACCCUGGGCCAAUUGUGCGCCACCCCAUGGGUCUCCCGGUCACAGCUGGCUAUGACAGAGCCUGGAUUCGAACCAGGAUCUAGGAUCUCUAGUGGCACAGCCUUAGACCACUGCGCCACUCGGGAGACGUGACAGACAGGAGCACUUGUCAUCAAGAGUUACAUUUGAUUUGAGCCCGUUUGCUACAGCAGGAAAAUAAUCCUGCAGCAACUGGAAAUGUGAAUUAUUAUGUGGAUUGUAAUUAAUGGCCAUUUUUUCAUGGGGUUGAUACAUUUUUCGUAAGGAAAGUUGGAGAUUUCAACGUGGAAAUUACGAACUUCAGAAGCCUUUUAAAAACUAAAAUACACUACAACUUUUACAUUUCCUACAUUGCAGGAAAGUUCUCCUGCAACAGGGUGAUCAAAUUAAGAUCCUACAUCUGUACAACUUUAAUUAGGGUAACUUUACUUUAGGAAUUUCAUUAUCCUGAUCGUAGAGUAGCCUAGGGCAGGGUUCCCGAAUAGGCAGCCCAUGGGUGAUUUUAUUUUUCAUUGUUGGACGUAAAACGACGAUAAAAUCACUAGGAAAUCAGCUCAAAGUGAUUUUAGUUUAGGAAAUCUGUUCCCAAGUAUUCCCACGCAUAUGUAGAAAGGCAUAUGUGAUCGUAUCCCAUUAUAAUAUAGGUUUAAAUUGAUUAUGUUUUUUGUCAAAUACUGUAUUUGUUUGGGAUUCUUGCGGUCUUAUCAAGUCAAUCAUGUCAAUUUGCAGUGUACAAAUUAUUUAUAACUAUGUCCCGGCCCCCCGACCAUCCGCUUAAGAAAGAAUCGGCCCACGGCUGAAUAUAUGAAUGUAAUUGGGGACCCCUGGCCUAGGGGCUGUUAAACUAGUGGUGCUCAGUUGGUAGACCAUGGUGCUUGCAACGCCAGGAUAGUAGGUUUGAUUCCCGGGACCACCUUUAUGUUAAAUGCAUGACUGUAAGUUGCUUUGGAUAAAAGCGUCUACUAAAUGGCUUAUAUUAUUAUUAAAACAAUGGCUUUUGGGGGCCAUAAGCAAGAUUUGGUUGGGGGGCCCCCCACCUCGUAGAAAAAACAGUCUAGUGACCCUGCAAUUUUCUGCAAUUCUACACAUAUUGCCAUGGGGCGGAGAGACAUUUUUGUUCAGUUUUACAGCUAAUUACCUGCCAUGACUUAUGCCAUGUGAAUAUGAUAUCUGCGUGAGGUUGACUUAACAAUGGGGGCCCUGUGGAGGCCAGGGCCCCUGGGCAUGGACCCUGCGUGCCCGGUCGCUGUUCGGCCAUGAUUAGUCCCCUGUAGCUCAGUUGGUAGAGCAUGGUGCUUGCAACGCCAGGAUACUUUUGCUAUUUUCUACAAUGUAGAAUAAUAGUGAAGACAUCAAAACUAUGGAAUAACACAUAUGGAAUCAUGUAGUAACCAAAAAAGUGUUAAACAAAUCAAAAUAUAUUUUCUAUUUUUGCCUCCACAAAACCCGACCUCAACCCAAUUGAGAUGGUUUGGGAUGAGUCGGACCACAGAGUGAAGGAAAAGCAGCCAACAAGUGCUCAGCAUAUGUGGGAACUCCUUCAAGACUGUUGGAAAAGCAUUCCUCGUGAAGCUAGUUGAGAGAAUGCCAAGAGUGUACAAAGCUGUCAUCAAGGCAAAGGGUGGCUACUUUGUUUAACACUUUUUUGGUUACUACAUGAUUCCAUAUGUGUUAUUUCUUAGUUUUGAUGUCUUCACUAUUAUUCUACAAUGUAAAAAAUAGUAAAAAUAAAGAAAAUCCCUUGAAUGAGUAGGUGUGUCCAAACUUUUGACUGGUAGUGUAUAUGUAUACCUUCAGAAAAUAUUCACACCCCUUUACUUUUUCCACAUGUUGUUGUGUUACAGACUGAAUUUAAAAUGGAUUAAAUUGAGAUUUUGGGUCACUGGCCUUCACACAAUACUCAUAAUGUCAAAGUUUAAUUAUGUUUUUAGACAUUUUUAGAUCAUUAAUUAAAAAUGUAAAGCUGAAAUCUCUUGAGUCAAUAAUUAUUCAAACCCUUUGUUAUGGCAAGCCUAAACAAGUUCAGGAGUAAAAAUGUGCUAAACAAAUAUUGUACAAUCCAGGUGUGCAAAACUCUUAGAAACUUACACAGAAAGACUCACAGCUGUAAUCGCUGCCAAAGAUGAUUCUAACAUGCAUUGACUCAGGGGGGUUGAAUACUUAUGUAAUCAAGAUACAGUAUAUUAGUGUUUUAUUUUUCAUAUAUUUUUUUACUUCAACUUUGACAUUACUGAGUAUUUUGUGUAGAUCGUUGACAAAAAAAAAGGACAAAUCCAUUUUAAUCCUACCUUGUAACACCCUUGAAAUGCUCAGUCUGAACGUGUGGGCUUUACGAAACAAAUUUGAAGAUAUCUACAUACAUAGCCCUGAUUGGCUGAUAGGAUGGUCUUGAGCCCACCCCCUUACCCAUAUAAACAGUCAUUGGUCUAUUAUAAUCAGAUCACAUUGUGACGUCAUGAUGUGGGCCAAAAGUUCCCAUCCCACCUGAACAGGCUGAAAUUCCAGGAUUUUCUUUCAAACGGCUCUUACACAAAAAUGGCAUUAUUAUCAUUUUGACCACAUACAGUGUAUUCGGAAAGUAUUCAGACCCCUUGACGUUUUUUCACAUUAUGUUACGUUACAGUCCUUAUUCUAAAAUGGAUUAAAUUGUUUUUUUUCCCCUCAUCAAUCUACACAUAAUACCCCAUAAUGACAAAGCAAAAACAGGUGUUUAUCAGUUUUAGCAAAUGUAUUACAAAUAAAAAACAGAAAUAUCACAUUUACAUAAGUAUUCAGACCCUUUACUCAAUACUUUGUUGAAGCACCUUUGGCAGCGAUUACAGCCUCGACUCUUCUUGGGUAUGACGCUACAAGUUUGGCACACCUGUAUUUGGAGAGUUUCUCCCAUUCUUCUCUGCAGAUCCUCUUAAGCUCUGUUAGGUUGGAUGGGGAGCGUCGCUGCACAGCUAUUUUCAGGUCUCUCCAGUCGGGGCUCUGGCUGGGCCCCUCAAGGACAUUCAGAGACUUGUCCCAAAGCCACUCCUGCAUUGUCUUGGCUGUGUGCUUAGGGUCAUUGUCCUGUUGGAAGGUGAACCUUCACCCCAGUCUGAGGUCCUGAGCGCUCUGGAGCAGGUUUUCAUCAAGGAUCUCUCUGUACUUUGCUCCGUUCAUCUUUCCCUCGAUCCUGACUAGUCUCCCAGUCCCUGCUGCUGAAAAACAUCCCCACAGCAUGAUGCUGCCACCGCCAUGCUUCACCGUAGGGAUGGUGCCAGAUUUCUUCCAGACUUGAUGCUUGGCAUUGAGGCCAAAGAGUUCAAUCUUUGUUUCAUCAGCCUUUUGGCAAACUCCAAGCGGUCUGUCAUAUGCCUUUUACUGAGGAGUGGAUCCGUCUGGCCACUCUACCAUAAAGGCCUGAUUGGUGGAGUGCUGCAGAGAUGGUUGUCCUUCUGGAAGGUUCUCCCAUCUCCACAGAGGAAUUCUGGAGCUCUUUCAGAGUGACCAUCAGGUUCUUGGUCACCUCCCUGACCAAGGCCCUUCUCCCCCUGAGUGCUCAGUUUGGCCGGGCGGCCAGCUCUAGGAAGAGUCUUGGUGGUUCCAAACUUUUUCCAUUUAAGAAUGAUGGAGGCCACUGUGUUCUUGGGGACCUUCAAUGCGGCAGACCUUUUUUGGUACCCUUCCUCCUGUCUUCGAGCUCUACGGACAAUUCCUUCGACCUCAUGGCUUGGUUUUUGCUCUGACAUGCACUGUCAACUGUGGACCUUGUAUAGACAGUUGUGUGCCUUUCCAAAUCAUGUCCAAUCAAUUGAAUUGACCACAGGUGGACUCCAAUCAAGUUGUAGAAACAUCUCAAGGAUGCUCAAUGGAAACAGGAUGCACCUGAGCUCAAUUUCGAAUCUCAUAGCAAUGGGUCUGAAUACUUAUGUAAAUAAGGUAUUUCUGUUUUUAAUUUGUAAUAAAUGUGCAAACAUUUCUAAAAACCUUUUUUCGCUUUGUCAUUAUGGGUUAUUGUGUGUAGAUUGAUGAGGAUUUGUUUUUAUUUAAUCAAUUUUAGAAUAAAGCUGUAACGUAACAAAAUGUGGAAAAAGUCACGGGGUUCUGAAUAUUUUCUGACUGCUGUGGAAAUAUCUUUAAAAUGAACUGAUAAUUAAUGGUAUUUGUGGUAAGAACUAAUACAGACAUCAAUGUCAAUACUAACAUUACAUUUACAUUUUAGUAAUUUAGCAGACGCUCUUUUCUAGAGCUACUUACAGUUAGGUGAGACAACCACAUAUCACAGUCAUAACAAGUACAUUUUCCCUCAAUAAAGUAAUUAUCAGCCAAGUCAGUGCUACUAAAGUAAGAUGUGAUCUGUUUUCAGACAGCAAGAAAAUGAUUGUAGUGUUGAUAACUUACAUUACAAGAUGAAUUGUAGCCUACUGGUGUAUGUAGAACUGGUGCAUGUUUAUUUUCAACCCUUUUCUAAGUAUUAUGACAGGCUUUCGGGGAAACCUCAAACUUUUAAAUAGCCCUUUCACACACCCACAAAAAUGAUGACAUGUUUUUUAAAACAGGUGUGAUAUAUGAGACCUGCCUGAAGGAGAGAGAGAGAGAGAGAUGAAAGUAGAAGGCAGUGCUAUCCCAAAGCUGCGCCCACUCAAAGAUGUCUUCCCAUGGAGAGAGUUCUCCUACACAGCCCGUCUGAGCCCCACAGAGACCCACGACACAGCUGGAUGGCUCGACACUCUGACUGCCCUCCACAAUCCUCAUCCACCCCACCCCAUCUGUGAGAGAAUGCACCCCAGUGGCACCCACUGCUCUGCCCCGGAGGAGAGCCGCAAGACCCCCACAGACCCUGGAGAGGCUCAGCUGGACUUCUACCGUAAACUGGGCUACUCCCCAGCGCAGGUCCGGACCGUGCUGCAGAAGUUUGGCCUGAACACAGACACUAACAGGGUUCUGGGGGAGCUGGUGCGGACUGGAGUCAGCCCAGAAGGGAUGGAGAAGGAGUGGGAGAAGGAGGGCGCCCCAUCUACCAUGUCUAUCCUGGUGACCCGAGGGGAGACCCUCAGUAACCUGCCCCUCACCCCUCCACCCAGCCGGGAGGAUGCAACCAGUGAGGAGGGAGAUGCCCUGAGACCCAUAGUGAUCGAUGGGAGCAACGUGGCUAUGAGGUGAGCACAGAGUUUCACUGGAUGCUGCCAUGGGUCUUAGUAGGUUUACAUGCUGUGAGUUUGAGGGCUGGUUUCCCAGACACAGAUUAAGCCUAGUCCUAGAUGGAAAAGCAUACUCAAUGGAGAUUCUUCACAGGAAGUGCUUUUUAUUUGAGAACUAGGCUUAAUGUGUGUCCGGGAAACUACCCCAGAGUGUUUUUUUUGGUUGAUAGUUUUAGCAGAGCGUAUCAUUCAGCUGCGUUCUGUCUGGGUCCAGUUGGUUUUGCAGAUGAGAAGGUAUCGAGGAUCCGUGGCAUCUGUAUCUUAUGACACAUUAUUGGCCGUUCGUCGGGUCUUCUCCUUGUAUCCCCACCUCCACUACUAAUAAGGCUUUGAGUCAGCAUGAAAGUGCUCUUUUCAGUUGUAAACAAACAAACAAGUUGUGCUCUCAGAUCUCAACUCAGAAAAUGGAGAGGUGGACAUAAUGCAGACAUAAUCGCUCUUAAAGGCCCAGUACAGUCAAAGUUUAGUUUUUUCCUGUGUUUUGUAUCAUAUUGUACAACAGCUGAUGAAACUAACACUGUAAAAGUGUGGGAAAAAAAUGGAUCAGUGUUAUUUCCUGAUAGUUGCUGGUUGAAAAUACAAAAUCAAAUCAACGUUUAUUUGUCGCGUACACAGAUUAGCAGAUGUUAAAGCAGGUGCAGCGAAAUGCUUGUGUUUUUAGCUCCAGCAGUGCAGUAAAUGUCUAAUAGUACAAUACUGAAUGAAUUACGUUUUAUUUUCGGGGCAAAUCGCCAGUUGGCAACCCGUCCCUUAUGGGAUUAACUGACACAUAAACAAACAUUACAAUAAUUCAGUGAUAAUUCCAGUUUAAAAAAAGAUUCCGGUGUUCCCAGCAGUGCACAUGGCUGAGUAAAAAAGUCAAGAUAAAAAUCAAUAUAUAAUAGUAAAUAAGAAGAAAAAAACAUGUUGUGUAUAGACAGUGUGGACAAUAUAUAUAUCUACAGCAGUAGUUAUAUGGAUGAACUAUGUCCAGAAUAUAGUAUGAGUCAUCAAUUAGCUUCAUUUCUCAGAGAGCAAAUAAAUAAUGUUAAUGUUACAGGAAUGCUAAUCUUAUCUGUUUCUAUCUACAGAAACAGUUUCAGAACAAUAAACAUUAUGUAAACAUUAUUAAAGUGACCAGUGUUCAAUGACUCUAUGUACAUAGGGAAGCAGUCUCUAAGGUGCAGGGUAGAGUACCGGGCAGACGCCAGGUAUUUAUGACUGCUCAACAAUCUACACAGGACCUUCGAAUCAGCCUGUUUGCAUGGGUGGUAGUUUCUGCUUGCCGUGGCGACAUCACCAUGCGGUAAAUUAGUUAACAGACCAAUAACAAAGUGUCACGAUCGUCAUAUUGAACAGACCAAGGCGCAGCGUGAUGAACGAACAUACUUUAAUUAGUUAAAGUGUAAACACGAUACAAAAACAAGAAACGACUCGUGAAGUCCACGGUAACAAUGACCGAACACGGAACAAGAACCCACAAACACAAAGGGAAAAUAGACAGUAUAAAUAUGGCUCCCAAUCAGAGACAACCAACGACAGCUGACACUCGUUGCCUCUGAUUGGGAGUCACUCUAGCCAACAUAGAAAUAAACACACCAGAAUACCAACAUAGAAAUAAACACAAAGAAUGAACACACCCUGGCUCAACAUAUAGAGUCCCAGAGCCAGGGUGUGACACAAAGAGCGUUCCCAACCUCUCUGCCAACAACAACUCGUUUUAAAUUUUACCUUCCCAACUCACCACUCCCAGACAUUCUUAGCAAAAUUCUUGCUUGAGAAAUAUUUUUUAUCAAAAAUAUAUGUGUGUCCAUCUAGCUAAACUCCUACCCUAACCCCUCAUAAUUAGGAUCUAGCUAAACUCCUACCCUAACCCCUCAUAAUUAGGAUCUAGCUAAACUCCUACCCUAACCCCUCAUAAUUAGGAUCUAGCUAAACUCCUACCCUAAACCCUCAUAAUUAGGAUCUAGCUAAACUCCUGCCCUAACCCCUCAUAAUUAGGAUCUAGCUAAACUCCUACCCUAACCCCUCAUAAUUAGGAUCUAGCUAGAAGUCGGGGAUGGUAACACUGUUUCAGCCCUGCUUUUAUGUCUGUGGUUUCAGCACUCAACACUCCAACAGCCACUCAGUCAGGUGUCACUGUCAGCCUGGGGGAAGCCUCAACCUUUUCUCCUACACCCCCCCUCACUCCCCCCUUCCGCUGCUCAUCUGUCUCCUUUGGCCUUCUGCCCACUUUGAGACAACACUCGUACAGGCACGUCUCUCCCUCAUUGCUCUAGCAUGCAAAUCUGAGCAUGCAAAUCAGUGCAACAGGAACAGGCCUGACUGCAUUGUAUGCCCUGCCCUAUGCCCCCCCCCCCACUCCUCCUCCUUUAAGCUCUGGUAAUAGCCCUUCUUAGUCUGCAUCCCAAAUGGCACCCUAUUCCCUAUAUACUGCACUACUUAGUGCACUAGGCAGGGUAUAGGGUGCCAUUUGGGAUGCACCUUAGAUCCGAAGUCAGAGGGUUCAAGAUACAGGAAUCUCCCUAGGGUGUUUCUCUACAGUACCUUCAUCUCACCCAUGAGCGCAUUUGAACUGCUGAAUCAUGGUUUGCUAAUAGUCAUGGUGAAUAAGAUGGCAUCUAAAAAGUUCGAUCAAAAGAUACAUAAGUUAAAUGCAAUCAGAUCAAAGGACAUAAGCAUAUAUGGGAAUAUUAAUGUGGAUAAUGAAUGUAUACAUUUACCAGUGCAACGGUCAAUCUUUAACAUACAUUUUAGCACAUACAGUUAUGAGAGAGCAUAUAAAUGACACAACAUUACCAGUCAAAUCCAUUUGACCCCUAGACGUGGUUCAGGAUAUACUAUCUAGAUCAGGCUUCCCCAACUGGCGGCUUGCAGGUUGGUGAUUUUAUUUGGCCCUCCAUGUUUUCUGAGCAAAAAUAAAAAAUAUAAAAAAAUGGUAUUGUUGGACAUAAAAGAUUGUAAAAACACCAGUAAAUCAGCUGGAAGUGAUUUUAAUUUAGGAAAUCUGUUCCAAAGUAUUCCAACGCAUAAUAGAGAGAUAUCUGUGAUCGUAUACAAAUGUAAGCAAGGUUUGAAAUGAUUAUGUUUUAGUCAAAUAUUAUAUCUGUUUGGGCUUCUUGCGGUCAAUUUGCAGUCCACAAAUUAUUUGUAAUUAUGUUCCGGCCCCCUGAUCAUCCACUCGGAAGAAAAAACUUGGCCGCAGCUGAAUCUAGUUGAUGAUCCCUGGUCUAGAUUCCAGUAAUAGUUCAAACAUUUGCAUUGCAAAUGCUGUGAUAUUGUGUAUACAUGUAGCUAAGUGUUUUCACCUGAAAAAUAACUGUUGAAGUCAUCGCGGGCCCUCCCUCUCCAAAUCUGUCUAUUGAUAUAGCUCUUGAGGUAGUACAGCUUGCGUCCCAAAUAGCACCCUAUAAAGUGCACUACUUUUGACCAGGGUCCAUAAGGUGCUACUUGGGACGCAGGCACAGAGUCAGUGUAGGAGGAAUACUUCCUUACCCUUACCACACAGGUAAGUCAUUGUGAAUGGGAUUGGCUUGCUUGCUAAACAGUAUUUAUUUCUAUUGUCUUUCUGUUGUAGCCACGGGAACAAGGAAGUGUUUUCCUGCCUGGGAAUCCAGCUGGCGGUAAACUUCUUCCUGGACAGAGGUCAUACUGAUAUCACCGUGUUUGUUCCCUCAUGGAGGAAGGAGCAGCCUAGACCAGAUGUCCCCAUCACAGGUGAAGAUGUUGGGAAUGCACCGCCCGGCCCAGGGCCCGAUGUCUACUUCCUUCUCUGUAUCACACAAUAGCCCUCAUUGUAUUGAAUUCAGUUUCUUCCUCAAGCCAUCCCACUGGGCACAGACGUCAUUUCAACGUUUGUUUUGAUUUGGUUGAGUUGUCAACUAACGUGAAUUCAUCGUGAAAUCAACAAAACAUUUCACCAUGUCAUUGGAUUUGGUUAAAAGUUGGGUAAAAAAAAAAACACAACGACUUUUUGCAAAUCCAAUCAGUUUUUCCAUGUUGAUUCAACAUCAUCACAUGAAUUCUUUUGUUGAAUUGACGUGGAAACAAUGUUGAUUCAACCUGUUUUUGCCCAGUGGGAUAAAGUUGGGCGGACAUUUGUUUUAGACACUCAAUAGAACAUAUGUUAUUUUAAUCAGAGAUGGCACAUAGAGUAUAUUUAAGCAAUAAGGCCCGAGGGGGUGUGGUAUAUGGCCAAUAUACCACGACCAAGGGCUGGUCCUAGGCACAACGCAACACAGAGUUGUAUAUUGGCCAUAUACCACAAACCCCUGAGGUGCCUUAUUGCUAUUAUAAACUGGUUACCAAUGUAAUUAGAGCAGUAAAAAUAAAUGUUUUGUCAUACCUGUGGUAUAUGGGCUGAUAUACCAUAGCUUUCAGCCAAUCAGCAUUCAGGGCUCGAACCACCUAGUUUCUAAUAUGUAAUACGCUAUGUGAUAUGUUGACUUCAGGAAAUAUGCAUACAAGCACAAUGUUCGAGUAGAGAGCGUGUGUCUUUGAUCAGCAAAGGUCAAAUUGUUUUUCAUGUGUGAGCAAAAAACAGUUUGGCGUUUGGCCUUGUUUGGCUUUUGUCAGUGGCUGAACUUGAGAUCAGAUCAGGGGUCAAAGGUGACUGUGGGAAGUGAGAGCAUGGGGGAAAACCCAACACUGAUAUUUUUUGUUUCCAAAUGGCAACCAUUGCUGAUCUUUAUCUCCUAACUACGUCUCUCAUGUUCAGCUGAUUAAACUAGGGACUUUUAUCAUGGUGCUUUAUCACUUCCUUCAGUAGCAUGUAAAAACCACCUUCUCAAGAUGAGCUUGGCUGACCUAGUUACUGUGAAUUAGAGGCCUUUACUGGUCCAAAAAGUUGGGCCUGGGGCUUUCCUAUCUGGAACCGAUAUGCACAAAUAAUCUUUUUAAAUAUAGAGACCCGUUCCGAACGGGCCCGGCGACAACUAGACCCGUUCCGUAUAGACCUGGUCGGAUCCAGACCCGAUUCGAGUGAUGGAAGCAGCAGAAAAGUCAUUUUUUAAGCUACUUUAUUACCCGGAGCUGAUAAAGCGCGAGGGAGAGGAGAAAGAGAGAGCCUCUAGUGGUGUUGUGUGUGUAGGGAGAGGAGGUAGAGUCCCUGUAGCAGUGUUGUGUGUGUAGGGAGAGGAGGUAGAGUCCCUGUAGCAGUGUUGUGUGUGUAGGGAGAGGAGGUAGAGUCCCUGUAGCAGUGUUGUGUGUGUAGGGAGAGGAGUAGGCUACUGUGAGUGUGAGCGAGUGACACGGGAACAGGGAGGAGGGUGGGAGAGACGAGAAACAGCAACCAACCAAGCCGACUCGCGCUAUAGUAGACUAAUAGCUGCCAUAGCUAGGUUAUUUAUCAUCCAAUAUGAUUAACUGGUACCUGUCUUGACUGCAUCAAACCGGGAGAAGCUAGUUAAGCUAGCUAGCUAGGCUAAUUGAGGCUGCAUGUACUUUCUCAUCAUAUAUCAUCCAAUAUGAUUAAGUAGUACCUGUCUUUACUUCAUAAAACCGGGAGAAGCUAGUUAAGCUAGCUAGCUAGGCUAAUUGAGGCUGCAUGUACUUUCUCAUCAUAUAUCAUCCAAUAUGAUUAAGUAGUACCUGUCUUUACUUCAUAAAACCGGGAGAAGCUAGUUAAGCUAGCUAGCUAGGCUAAUUGAGGCUGCAUGUACUUUCUCAUCAUAUAUCAUCCAAUAUGAUUAAGUAGUACAUGUCUUUACUUCAUAAAACCGGGAGAAGCUAGUUAAGCUAGCUAGCUAGGCUAAUUGAGGCUGCAUGUACUUUCUCAUCAUAUAUCAUCCAAUAUGAUUAAGUAGUACCUGUCUUGACUGCAUCAAACUGGGAGAAGCUAGUUAGCUAGCUAGCUAGGCUAAUUGAGGCUGCAUGUACUUUCUCAUCCUACACAGGUACAAACAACAACAACAACUCCAUUCAGAAUAUUAAGUAGCAGCCUACCUGUUGGCUCUUGGUCGUUGUAGCCUGUCCUUCUCCUUUAACUUUUAAUUCUGUCAUUUUAAUUCCAUCUUCCAUUGAUCUGAUAUCUCCUAACUUUUGCCCCACAUGGAGGCUCUAUGACUGUAGCUUUUUGGCGCUUUGAUGACAUGAUUGGCCAACAACAACAACAAGCUACACGCUCCACUCCUGUGAAAAGCAAAGAGCAGCAGCAUAAAUUAUACAAUUUCUCUCUCUUAAGUAAUACUUAAUUGAUGAUUAACUAAUUCAAUAGUUAUCUAAUGUUAGUAUUUUUCUCUGUUUCUAAAGAACAACACAUUUUGCGUGAGCUGGAGAGGAAGAAGAUCGUGGUGUUCACCCCUUCGCGGCGGGUAGCGGGCAAACGGGUGGUCUGCUAUGAUGAUCGCUUCAUCGUCAAGCUGGCGCAUGAGUCCGACGGCAUCAUCGUGUCCAACGACACCUACCGUGACCUUCAGGGCGAGAGGCAGGAGUGGAAGCGCUUCAUUGAGGAGAGGCUACUCAUGUACUCCUUCGUCAAUGACAAGUAAGUCUUGUUGUAGCUUACUAUUAACACUGAAAUACACACAGUGGACAAUGCAAAUAGUCUGGGUAGCCAUGAUUAGCUGUUCAGGAGUCUUAUGGCUUGUGGGUAGAAGCUGUUAAGAAGCCUUUUGGACCUAGACUUGGCGCUCCGGUAUCGCUUGCCGUGCGGUAGCAGAGAGAACAGUCUAUGACUAGGGUGGCUGGAGUCUUUGACCAUUUUUAGGGCCUUCCUCUGACACCGCCUCAUCACUGAAGCUUGGCCCCAGUGAUGUACUGGGCCGUACGCACUACCCUCUGUAGUGCCUUGUGGUCGGAGGCCGAGCAGUUGCCAUACCAGGCGGUGAUGCAACCAGUCAGGAUGAUCUCGAUGGUGCAGCUGUCAAACAUUUUGAGGAUCUGGGGACCCAUGCCAAAUCUUUUCAGUCUCCUGAGGGGGAAUAGGCUUUGUCGUGCCCUCUUCACGACUGUCUUGGUGUGUUUGGACCAUGAUAGUUUGUUGGUGAUGUGGACACCAAGGAACUUGAAGCUCUCAACCUGUUCUAGUACAGCCCCGUCGAUGAGAAUGGGGGCGUGCUCAGUCCUCUUUUUUUUCUCCUGUAGUCCACAACUGUCAUGAAUAAGCCAUUGCUUGAUCGUAUAACUUGUAAAUAUUUUAUACUUAUAAAUCUGUAUAACUGUACUACUGAGGUAUGAAAAAGAUGAUGCAUUAUUGUUCAGUGUACAUUAGCCACAGUGUAGUAUGAAUCUAAACUCUACACCCCCCUCUCUCAGGUUCAUGCCCCCUGAUGACCCUCUGGGUCGCCAUGGUCCCACCCUGGAGAACUUUCUACGGAAGGUUCCUCGGUUACCACGGAAACAGCCAUGUCCUUAUGGUGAGGUCAUAUCUCUACUAGGGUCAUCCUGUGGUUGACCUUACAUAUGGGUGGGGGGAACAUUUGAAAAUAAUUAUUGACAAACGGACACCAAAACCGUAAUGGAUGUAAUAAAUGGACUGUACUGGAUGUGCUGAAACUCAACGGUACUAAUGAACUCUUGUUUACAUUUCAUGAAUCCAGGAAGGAAAUGCACUUACGGGAUGAAGUGUAAAUUCUACCACCCGGAACGAGCCAACCAAUCUAAUCGCUCUCUGGCUGACGAGCUGCGGGAGAAGGCCAAGCUGUCUUUAUCACAACAUAAACACCCCAACACAGGUGCUGGACCUGUCAAUGGCCUUUCCCUGGACGAGAAUACGGCUCAGAAACUGACCCUAGAACAGUGGAAUGGCUCCCUGAAGAAAGGCCACAUCAGUGAGAAUGUGCUUCUGCUCAAGGGAAGCCAUCGUUCCAGCCGGAGGUCCCCAGCCAAGAAGGACAAGUCCAACCGACACUUCAUGACCGACCUGGACUCGGCAAUGCCCAGUGGCUCUCACUCCCCGACCGACCUGGACUCGGCCCUGCCCAGUGGCUCUCAGGAGCGACUAGAUUCUGGUCUUGGCUCCUUCGAGAGCCAAGCGUCUGACCCCUCCAGGGACCACUGUGACCGCUAUGGGACGGCUGGGUACAGGAACUGCCAGUCCACCCCCAGUAUGAGACAACAACUCUAUUCCCUGCCUAGCAACCCGCCUUGUAGCUGCGUCUCUCAUCCUCCUCAGCCUUUACUGGGCCCCAGCGCAGGAUACCAACAACAUCACAGCAGGGGCCCAGCCAGCACCCACAACCCAGGCAUGAUAACCUACUACCCACCCUAUUACCUCAACUAUGGGGCACCAAUGUAUCCAGUUGAUAAGCAUCACUACAGCCACCCCAAUGACUUCCAACAGCAGGGCAGUGCACAUCCUCCACAGCAGACCUACUGGUCCGAUCCAUUCGGGACUUAUCCUCAGACUCUCCUUAGCGCUGCUCAGGAGGCGAAGCAGAGACACUGGCCCUUCCCCCAGACACAGCCCCACCCCCACGGGGAGGGCAGGGAGAGGGAGGAGGUCAGGAAGAAGCUGCUGGCCAUCUUUCACCGCCGUCUGGUGGACAAGGCCAUGGACAUGUUCCCCCAGCUCAUGGACCCACAGAGAUUGGCUGCUGAGAUCCUCACCCUGCAGUCUCAGGGCCUG